CUGUAAACGGCGGGGGCGUGUCUCCAGGCAGCGCGGCGUGUAGUUACCGGAGAAACGCGGGAAGUUGGGCCCAGGUGCGGUUACAAGACGCGCGGUUGUUCUCUCCUCUUUAGCGAGCCGCGAGCCUUCUGGGGGCCCUGAACGUGAGCCUGACUGGGUCUCUGGCGCUACGGCAUGGAAGUAGUGGAGGCCGCCGCCGCUCAGCUGGAAACUCUGAAAUUUAAUGGCACCGGUUUGGGGGAUGGCCAAGGUCAGGCGGUGCGGUCUCCGGGCUCUGUACCUGUCCCACAGCCACGGCCGUCACUGCAAUCGGAUGAGGCGUCCCCGGACACCGGACAGGCCGCGGAGGCUCAGCCUGCAGAGGAGCAGCCACCUGAAUUUGCGCUGCAGUCAAGGUCAGAACCUCCACCCGGAGGGAACUGCGUCACCGCCCCGAGCGCCGCAGAGCAGGCGGGGACUCCAGACUCUCUAGAGACCUCGGACUCGGAUUCGGACUCGGACAGUGAAACAGAUUCAGAUAGUUCAAGCUCCUCCUCAUCUUCAUCAUCUUCCUCAUCAUCUUCCUCUUGUAUAUCACUUCCUCCACUGCUGUCAGAUGGAGAAGAUGAUUUACAAACUGAGAAGGAAAAUAAGAAUUUUCCUCUUAAAACAAAAGAUGAGUUACUCCUUAAUGAACUACCUUCUGUUGAAGAACUCACUAUUAUUCUGCCUGAAGAUAUUGAAUUAAAGCCUCUUGGGAUGGUUUCAAGUAUUAUUGAGCAAUUAGUAAUAAUUGAAUCUGUGACUAACCUACCUCCGGUUAAUGAGGAAACUGUAAUUUUUAAAAGCGAUCGACAGGCAGCAGGAAAGAUAUUUGAGAUAUUUGGACCUGUCGCACAUCCAUUUUAUGUGUUACGGUUUAAUUCUUCAGAGCACAUUGAGAGUAAAGGUAUUAAAAUAAAGGAUACUAUGUAUUUUGCUCCAUCAAUGAAAGACUUCACUCAGUACAUAUUCACAGAAAAACUUAAACAGGAUAGGGGAUCGGAUGCGUCAUGGAAGAAUGAUCAGGAACCACCACCAGAAGUAAGUAUAAAUCUCUUUACAUAAUAUUUUAGGAAGUAAAGCAGGAUUUAAUUUUUUUAAGAUUAUUUAUUUGAGAGAGUGUGCGCU